AUGACGUUCCUUGUCCUGCUAUGCAGAUCAACAGACGAAAUCUGCAUUGUAGUUGUUUCUAACGGCGGGAAUAUCUUAAAAGAAAGAGUAUCAAGAAUACAAACACCAGAGCCAUUAUCUCAUUGUCCCAGUGAAGGCGAUGGUCCGCAAUCCAAGGUCUUUGUCGAAUUGCUCAUCAGGAUCGACCAAGUUGAUGAUGUGAGAAAUGUGCAUGUGCUACCCCGCAUUCUCGUUUGUCAAUUGAGUGCUGCAGUUUUACACAAUGCAUCUCGGAAGAGAAUAAAAAGCAUUGUGAAAAUCCUUGUCGAAUGUUCAUGCUCAACUUUUUUGUUCAUUCAAAAUAGCUCUUGCAGUGAGAUGCAGGAACAGAGAUGGACAUCUCCCUUCACAGCCGAUGAGCACUUCAGUGCUGCAUAUCGACCUCUGUCCUCAGGAAAUGGCGUAGAUUAG